AUGUUUUCUUUUGGUUUAGUGCUAUUAGAACUGGAUAACAUUCAGACCUUCGACUUCACAAAAACAACAAAUUAGGAAAAGCUUGAAAUUUAGUUUGGAAAUAUUUUCACAAGCUUUUAGAUAAAUAGACUAUCUUAAAUUUACAGGAUAGCCAAGUAAUGUUUAGAAUUUGAUCCUAAAAAUCGUUUACCUCCUGUAGAUUUACUCAUUCAGUUCAUAGUUUAGAAUUAAAACUACUUAGAUGUUGAGAUUUCUUCCAUAUUAAAUAGGAAAUAACUUCAGAAAAAAGCAGAAUAACUCUCUUAAAUUUAGAAGAGUAUAGUAGAAAAAUCAAAGAAAGAAGAAAUUGAACUCCUUUAAAUUUAUUAAAUCUACAAGGAUUAAAGAUUUGAAAUGUUGAUUUAAGAAUUUAAAUAGUUGAAAGAAAAACCUUUUGAAAUCUUUGAAUAUCAAAUUAUUCUUGAUUUACUCUUAAAGAAGGCUUAAUAUGAUUCGAAUUUCGAAUUCAUUUCUGUUGGGGCUACUGGUUUAAUUCUUGGAGCCUACAACAAAUCAUUAAAUAGACACUCAGCUUUAAAAAUCUAAAGAGUUCCAUCCAAGCAUGAAAUUGUUCGAGAAAUUGGAAUAAUCAAAGAUUGUUAAAUGCCUCUUGUAAUCAACUUCUAUGGUUUCUUUUACCUAGAUGUUACCAAAAAAGAGGACUUUGUUGUAUAUGAAAUUGAAAAAUGUUCUGGUAACCUAAAGCAAUACUUUAACAGAUUAAAGAAAGAAAAUAUUUAGCUUAACGAUGAAGAGAAAAUGCAAAUAGCUAUUCAAGUAAUCGAUGUUAUUAAUUACUUACAUUAAAAUGAUAUUGUACAUAGAGAUAUUAAACUUGAAAAUAUCCUCUAUAUCGACGAUAAUCAAUCUUAAAUUCCAAUCAUAAAACUAACUGACUUUGAUUAAGCAAGAAAAAUGUAUUAUAAUUGGAUUAGAAUUAAUGGAAACUUAGUUAAAGAUUACAAACCUAUUAAAGGAACAUGUGGCACUCUUGGAUAUAUAUCACCUGAGAUAUUUAACACCUAAUUAUUUACAUUCUAGAGUGAAAUUUUUUCACUAGGAGUUUGCUUAGCUGUUAUUGAUAAUUUUGAAACAUUGGAACCAUUUCUUAAAUAAAAAAAUCUUGACUACCUACAUGGCUUUAAAAUUCCAUUUGAACCAAGUUAUCUUAUUAAAAACGAGUUGGUAUAAAGAAACACAAAAAUCUAUGAUAUAAUUCUAAAAACCGUUGCAUUUAAUCAGGAAAAAAGAAAAAAUUUAUAUUCAAUUAUUGCUGAUCUGCAUUCAAAUUAUGGAUAUUAAUUUUAUUCUAAAGAAAUUACUUCUUUUAAAAAUAUUAGUUCUCAUUUCUUAUAUUGCAAAAUAGCCAAUUUUCAAUUAUCAAACAAUAUAGGCCCUGGUGGGGCGAAAGCAGUAGCUUCCGAAAUUGCUAAAUGUCCUACUCUCUCAGCUUUAAGACUUUUGCUUGGAUCAAACAAUAUAGGUCCAGAUGGUGCGAAAGCAAUUGCUUCCGAAAUAGCUAAAUGCCCUACUCUCUCGAUUUUAAGUCUUUGGCUUUAAUCAAACAAUAUAGGCUCAGAUGGGGCGAAAGCAGUAGCUUAAGAAAUAGCUAAAUGUCCUACUCUCUCCACUUUAACCCUUUGGCUUGAAUCAAACAAUAUAGGCCCUGAUGGUGCAAAAGCAGUAGCUUCAGAAAUAGCUAAAUGUUUUACUCUCUCCACUUUAAGCCUUUGGCUUGGAUCAAACAAUAUAGGCCCAGAAGGGGCAAAAGCAGUAGCCUCCGAAAUAGCUAAGUGCUCUACUCUCUCCACUUUAAGCCUUUGGCUUGGAUCAAACAAUAUAGGUUCAGAUGGGGCUAAAGCAGUAGCUUCAGAAAUAGCUAAAUUUCCUACUCUUUCUAUUUUAACCCUUUGGCUAUAAUCAAAUAAUAUAGGCUCAGAUGGGGUGAAAGUAGUAGCUUCUGAAAUAGUUAAAUGUCCCACUCUUUCCACUUUAAGCCUUUGGCUUGGUGAUAACAAUAUAGGCCCGGAUGGGGCAAAAGCUGUAGCUUCUGAAAUAGCCAAAUGCCCUACUCUCUCCACUUUAAGCCUUUGGCUUGGUAAUAAUAAUAUAGGCCCAGAUGGAGCAAAAGCAGCAGCUUCAGAAAUAGCUAAAUGUCCUACUUUAUUCACUCUAAGCCUUUGGCUUGGUAAUAACAAUAUAGGCCCAGAUGGGGCAAAAGCAGUAGCUUCGUAAAUAGCUAAAUGUCCUUCUCUCUCCACUUUAAGCCUUUACCUCUAAUCAAAUAUUAUAGGCUCAGAUGGGGCUAAAGCAGUAGCUUCAGAAAUAUCUAAAUGUCCUAUUCUCUCUACUUUAAGCCUUUGGCUUGGUGAUAACAAUAUAGGCUCAGAUGGGGCGAAAGGAUUAGCCUCAGAAAUAGCUAAAUGUCUAACUCUCUCCACUUUAACCCUUUGGCUAUAUGAUAACAAUAUAGGCCCAAAUGGGGCAAAAGAAGUAGCUUCCAAAAUAGCUAAAUGUCCUACUCUCUCCACUUUAACUCUUGAUUUUGAUGAUAACAAUAUAGGCCCAGAUGGGACGAAGGCAGUAGCUUUUGAAAUAGCUAAAUGCCCUACUCUCUCCACUUUAACCCUUUGGCUUAGUAAUAAUAAUAUAGGCCCAGAUGGGGCGAAAGCAGUAGCUUCCGAAAUAACUAAAUGCCCUACUCUCUCCGCUUUAACCCUUUGGUUAUAAUCAAACAAAAUAGGCCCAGAUGGGGCAAAAGCAAUAGCUUCCGAAAUAGCUAAAUGUCUUACUCUGUCUACUUUAAGCCUUUGGCUUGGUGAUAACAAUAUAGGCUCAGAAGGGGGAAUAUCAGUAGCUUCCGAAAUAGCUAAAUAUCCUACUCUCUCAACAUUAAAUCUUAAUUUAAGUAGCAAUUAAAUUCGUGAUAGAACAUAAUAGAUAUACUCGCACAUAUAAAAGCACUAAUACAACUUAAAAUUAUAAAUUUGUGAUGAAGGAGUAUCAGGCUUAGGUUCUGCUUUAACAAAUUGCAUUAAUCUUUCAAAUUUGACACUAUGGCUUAGUCGCAAUUAAAUUUGUGAUAAAGGUGCUUUAGGCUUAGGUUCUGCUUUAGCAAAGUGCACUAAUCUCUCUAAUUUGACACUUGAUCUUGGUUUGCAAAUAAAUGAUGCAAUCAUUACAUCAGAUUUAGGUGCUGCUUUAGCAAAGUGCAUUAAUCUCUCUAACUUGACACUUAAUCUUGCUACCAAUUAAAUUGAUGAUGAAAGUGCAUCAAGGUUAUCUUUUGGUUUAUCAAAAUGCAUUAAUCUCACAAAUUUGACACUUGACCUUAGUUGGAAUAAAAUUGGUGCAAUCGGUGCAUCAGGUUUAGGUACUGCUUUAGCAAAGUGCAUUAAUCUCUCUUACUUGACACUUGAUCUCCAUGAUAAUUCUAUUGGUGAUGAAGGUACAUCAGGCUUAGGUACUGCUUUAGUAAAUUGCAUUAAUCUCUCUAAUUUGACACUCAAUCUUUUGUAAAAAUAGUUUAUUUGUUUUGGAUUGUGA